GUACACAGGUACGGUACAACAAGGUACACCAAGUACGGUACAACGUACGCCAAGUACGGUACAAGGUACGCCAAGUACGGUACAAGGUACGCCAAGCACGGUACAAGGUACGCCAAGUACGGUACAAGGUACGCCAAGUACGGUAUAAGGUACGCCAAUUACGGUACAAGGUACGCCAAGUACGGUACAAGGUACGCCAAGUACGGUACAAGGUACGCCAAGUACGGUACAAGGUACGCCAAGUACGCUACAAGGUACGUCAAGUACGCUACAAGGUACGCCAUGUACGGUACAAGGUACGCCAAGUACGGUACAAGGUACGCCAAGUACGCUACAAGGUACACCAAGUACGCUACAAGGUACACCAAGUACGGUACAAGGUACGCCAAGUACGGUACAAGGUACGCCAAGUACGGUACAAGGUACACCAAGUACGCUACAAGGUACACCAAGUACGCUACAAGGUACACCAAGUACGCUACAAGGUACACCAAGUACGCUACAAGGUACACCAAGUACGCUACAAGGUACACCAAGUACGCUACAAGGUACACCAAGUACGGUACAACAAGGUACACCAAGUACGCUACAAGGUACACCAAGUACGGUACAACAAGGUACACCAAGUACGCUACAAGGUACACCAAGUACGGUACAACAAGGUACACCAAGUACGGUACAACGCGGGUACAUGAUACACCUCGUACCAAUGGCCUGAAAAGCAAAUAUCAUUAA